UUCUGUCAAACUAAAAUAACUGGUUCAAACCAAAAAUUAAAAAUAUUGAUUUCAUUUUAUUUAUUUUUUGUCAACAAAUUGAAUUAAGAAUAAUAUCUUUAUUACUGGGAAGAAAUGCUUUUCUGAAUCCACUUUAACAUCAGGAUAACUGUGCUGUGUGCAAAUUAUUUACUUGUGUUAAUUUCAAGAAGUCUGAAUUACAGAUUACUCUGGCAUAUUGAUAUGAAAUGUUGUAAACAUUCUAACAUUCUAUAGAAAUAUUGCAUUACCAUGGAGCUGAAGGAAAAAUUCCUAAUUUCGUAUGCAUUUUCAUUUAUCAUAAUCUGUUUUACAGUGGCAGAAUGUUCAAUAUACCACAAUUUAAAAUAUUUUGAGACACUACAUGCGUCAAGCCUGACACACCAUAUGGUGAAACGGGGGGCCAAAGUGUCCAGUCAUCCAUUUAACACAAUAAAAGAGUUGCAUUUUAAAACACUAGGAAAGGAUUUUAGGUUGAUAUUACACCCGCAUAGCUCCGUGCUACAUUCAAACUUUAAGGCAUAUGCCGUUGAUGGGGAUGGGAAAGAAACCACUGUUCAUGUUGAUCGUGAUAAUUUCUACACGGGAAGAGUAUUUGGGGAGUCUACGUCUGAUGUGAAGUUGCAUAUGGAGGAUGGAGUCAUUACUGGUAUCAUCCACACCCCAGAUGAAACAUACCAUAUAGAACCAUCUUGGCGUCACCUACCGCACCUGGAUGACAAGAGCAUGAUCACGUACAAGGCAUCAGACAUCAAACUGAGCUGGGCUGGAGGCAACAAUGGCGCUACUGAAGGCAAGCCUCGAGUGUGUGGCUAUGUGAAGGAAGGAAAAGAGUUGGAAGAAGACGACGACGAACAAGAUGAAGCCAGAAACAUAGAAUUGCAACAUGAACAGUCUGAGAAAGACAAGUAUUUGGAAAGAAAUCAGGACCACCACGACGGCAUGCAGGCUAACUCUCAGGACAGCGAGAAAGAGGGAAGCGGUAAGCGGGUGAAACGGCAGAGUGACUAUGAAUACACGCCAACUAAGACGAGAUGUCCCCUUCUCCUUGUCGCAGACUAUAGGUUCUUCCAAGAAAUGGGAGCCAGCAACACCAAGACUACCAUCAGCUAUUUGAUAAGUUUGAUAGAUCGUGUGCACAAGAUUUACAAUGAUACAGUGUGGCAGGAUCGGCAGGAUAUGGAUGGUUUCAAAGGCAUGGGGUUCGUGAUCAAGAAGAUCUUAGUACACUCCGAGCCGACGCGCGUGCGCGGCGGAGAGGCGCACUACAACAUGGUGCGCGAGAAGUGGGAUGUGCGCAAUCUGCUCGAGGUGUUCAGCCGCGAAUAUUCACACAAGGACUUCUGCCUGGCGCAUCUCUUCACGGACCUCAAAUUUGAGGGUGGAAUACUCGGCCUGGCGUACGUCGGGUCGCCGCGACGCAACUCCGUCGGAGGGAUAUGCACGCCAGAAUAUUUCAAGAACGGGUACACACUGUACCUGAACUCUGGGUUAAGCUCGUCGCGCAACCACUACGGGCAGCGCGUGAUCACGCGCGAGGCAGACCUGGUGACGGCGCACGAGUUUGGGCACAACUGGGGCUCCGAGCACGACCCCGACGUGGCUGAGUGUUCGCCCGCCGCCUCGCAGGGCGGCUCCUACCUCAUGUACACCUACAGUGUUAGCGGCUACGAUGUCAAUAACAAGCGUUUCUCGCCGUGCAGCCUGCGUUCGAUCCGCAAGGUGCUGCAAGCGAAGUCUGGGCGCUGUUUCUCCGAGCCCGAGGAGAGCUUCUGCGGGAACCUGCGCGUCGAGGGCGGCGAGGAGUGCGACGCUGGAUUGCUCGGCACGGAAGACAACGACAUGUGCUGCGACAAGAACUGCAAGCUGCGCAAGAGCCAGGGCGCGGUGUGCUCCGACAAGAACAGCCCGUGCUGCGCCGGCUGCGUGUUCGCGCCGCCCGGCGUGGUGUGCCGCGAGGCCGCGCACCCCGCCUGCGAGGGCGAGGCCACCUGCAGCGGCGCCUCCGCGGACUGCCCCAAGGCGCCGGCGAUAGCAGACGAGCACGAGUGCGCGGAGCGCGGCCGCUGUCGCAACGGAACAUGCGUGCCCUACUGCGAGACACAGGGCAUGCACAGCUGCAUGUGUGAUAUUGUCGCCGAUGCGUGCAAGCGGUGUUGCCGUAAGAGCCUGAACAAGACAUGCUUCCCCGUGGCACACAACGACAUCCUGCCAGACGGCACACCUUGUAUACAAGGGUUUUGUAAUAAGGGCGUCUGCGAGAAGACGAUCCAGGACGUGGUGGAGCGAUUCUGGGACAUCAUCGAGGACAUCAACAUCAACAACGUGCUGGGCUUCCUGCGUGACAACAUCGUCGGCGUUGUCCUACUCGCCACCGCGCUCGUGUGGAUACCCGCUAGCUGCGUGAUAAGUUACGUGGAUCGUCGUCGACAGCGGCAGCAUCAGAAGUACUUGGAGUGGGAGAGACAACACGACCUCGUGCACCCCUCCUCGCCGCGCAAGAUCAUACACACCAGAUUACCAAAGCAGAAGCCUCCGGGUAUGAAGACAGUUAUUCAAGGCACAAGUCAGCUUUAAACUAAGUGUUUUUAUUUUUAUGUAAGUUAUCCAAUUUAUUUUUUAAGAUAUCCUCGAAUUUAUUGUAAUUCGUCACAAAAUAAGGUUUUUUAAAUAAAAAGGUUCUUUUUUGUAAAU